AAAUCAUUCCUUUCUCAAUUUUUAUCCCGACGAUGUAUUUGUGAUACCCACAAAUCUUAUAUAAGAAUGCAGAGAAAUUUUUCUACGUAUGUAUGUAUGUAUGUAUAGAGAGAGAGAGAAAUUCAUAUAUAGAGAGGGAGGGGAAGCAAGAAGAAGGAAGGUGCCAUGAAAGAGUUGAUGUAAUAAAACCCAGAAAGAAGACAGCGAAGCAGAAGACAGGCUUAGAACUAGACAGUCUUUUAUUUAAGAUAGUUGAUGAAGUCUGGCACCAUGAAGCAUAAAGAUAAAGAUGGAAAACCAAUAUCCCAGCCUGAUAGAAGUUCCAGGACUGUUCCGAUGGCGUUAAUGUUUGUCGUGCUAUGUGGGUUUUCAUUCUAUCUUGGUGGAAUAUUUUGUUCUGAGAAGGACAGUUAUGUUAGCAAGGAGGUCACUAAAACAGACGAAUCUCCCAGGAGAACGGAUGCUGGCCCUCUCCAAGUAAAAGCCAUUACAUUCCCUCAAUGUAGCAGUGACUAUCAAGACUACACUCCUUGUACAGAUCCAAGGAGGUGGAAGAAGUAUGGUCUUCAUCGCCUUACUUUCAUGGAACGCCACUGCCCUCCAGUCUUUGAAAGAAAGGAGUGCUUGGUUCCUCCGCCAGAUGGGUACAAGCUACCAAUCAGAUGGCCUAAGAGUAGAAACGAAUGUUGGUACAGGAAUGUGCCAUAUGAUUGGAUUAACAAACAGAAGUCUAAUCAGCAUUGGCUGAGGAAAGAGGGGGAGAAGUUUCUCUUCCCUGGUGGGGGUACUAUGUUCCCCAGUGGCGUCGGUCCCUAUAUUGAUCUGAUGCAAGAUCUUAUACCAGGAAUGAAAGAUGGGACUGUUAGGACUGCCAUUGACACAGGAUGCGGGGUUGCAAGCUGGGGAGGUGAUUUAAUAGAUCGUGGGAUUUUAACAGUGUCUCUUGCACCAAGAGAUAACCAUGAGGCUCAAGUUCAAUUUGCUCUGGAACGCGGAAUUCCUGCGAUUCUAGGCAUCAUUUCAACGCAGCGACUUCCUUUCCCUUCAAACUCUUUUGAUAUGGCUCAUUGCUCAAGAUGCCUUAUUCCAUGGACAGAAUUUGGUGGCAUUUACCUUCUUGAAGUACACCGCAUACUCCGUCCUGGAGGCUUCUGGGUUCUGUCUGGUCCACCAGUGAAUUAUGAAAACCGUUGGAGAGGAUGGAACACUACUAUUGAAGAUCAGAAAUCGGAUUAUGAAAAGUUGCAGGAGUUGUUAACUUCAAUGUGCUUCAAAUUAUACAACAAAAAAGAUGACAUUGCUGUGUGGCAAAAACUCUCCGAUAAUAGCUGCUAUAAGCAGCUUGAUACCCCAGACAACUACCCACCUAAGUGUGACGAUGGCACUGAACCAGACUCAGCCUGGUACACACCACUGCGGCCUUGUGUUGUUGUCCCAAAUACAAAACUUAAGAAAUUAGCAUUAAAAUCCAUUCCCAAGUGGCCAGAAAGAUUGCAUGUUGCACCUGAACGCGUCGCCGAUGUUCGUGGAGGCAGUGGUGGUGCCUUCAAUCAUGAUGACAGUAAGUGGAAGGUCCGUGUGAAGCACUACAAGAAGUUAGUUCCUGCAAUUGGGACCGAUAAAAUAAGAAAUGUAAUGGACAUGAAUACGGCUUAUGGAGGUUUUGCUGCCGCUUUGAUUGAUGAUCCGCUGUGGGUCAUGAAUCUGGUCUCCUCCUAUGCUGCUAAUACACUUGCCGUAGUCUAUGACAGGGGCCUCAUUGGGACCUACCAUGACUGGUACCUUUGAAUUGUUUUGUUUAAAUGGCAUUUUAUUAGGUCUUUCACAUAAUUUACUGUUUAACUGGCACUAACUUGGCAUAUUUGUUGAUUUAUUUAAUCGCUGUUUUGAAGGUGUGAGGCUUUCUCGACAUAU